UAUAUAUAUAUAUAUAUAUAUAUCAUCGAAAGCUUCUUUGGGUACAAUUCACUGGGAUUUAGAUGCCAACUCAAGUUAUAUCCUAAAAAACUGAAAUACAAAUGGUACGAUUUGAAUAGUAAAUAAAGUUAGGGCAGAUGCACUUCGCUCUUGUUGCAUUGUAAAACACUAUGUGCGCAUGUAAAAGUUUUUCUUACAAUAGCUCUUAAUAUGUUAACGGUUGUUUGAAAAAUUAUCUGAGUCUUUUGUAUGCACCAUUGAAAUGGAAUUCUGCAUCACCAACAAUUUUACCGAUUCCGGGUUUGUGCAUACCAGAACACUUGUCUUGUGGCACUGUCCUUAUUUGGAAGGAUAACAGUAUAAUCCAUUCUUCAACAUUUACAAGUGAAUAAUUGAUCGUUCCUUGCUUUCCGAGUAAGACUUCAGCAACACAUCUCCACUGCAAUUGGUUCUCUGCUAUCAUUUUUAGCUGGCUCCACAACUGCUGGCAAGCAUUUGUUUUCUGUUCACAUGGUCUUCUCCUGGUCAUCUUUAGACACCAAACUCAUCUCUUCCCAUUCCUGUUCCACUCAAGGACCUGAUGUAUGGUGUCACUUUAAGGUUACCCCAGCUAAUCCACCUACAUUUGCUUCUGCAAGAUUGUUCGUUGGUGUAGGUUCUUAGCUCGUUCGCUGCCAAAUUCACUCUUGUUAAUAAUAAACCUAUUGUUUAAAUAGCCUCAUUCUCACUGAUAAUGUGUCAUGUAGUUAGUUCAUUACGCUUCGUAAUUCAUUUUCCUUGGUGCAAGUGUUAAAGUACCAGCAGUUGCAUAUUUCAUGUCAUUAAAGUCUCUUGGAUUCAGGUUGAAGAGAUGUCAGCCGAGCCUGGGAUUGUUAGCAUCACUCAGAUUCUCAUCCAGGAUUAUCGCUUCUUUUCAACAUUUAACAAUACACAUGUGUUUUGUGUUCAUUUUGCUGACCACCGUUGUAGGUAUAUGUAAAAAAGGCAUUGUUAUUAAUUUUCAUCUAGCCAUAAUGACUGAGUUCAAUAUCGGAGCUCAUUGUUCUCAGGAGGAUUGCAAACAGUUAGAUUUCCUGCCUAUCAAUUGUGAACUCUGUGGUCGUAUCUUUUGCAAGAAUCACAGUUCCUUGACAGCGCAUAACUGUCCUAUAUCAAAUCCUUCCUAUCCUCAAGAGUCUAUCAGUCAUAGUCAGUAUUGUGAUACUGAUAAUGGUGAAGAUAAUACCGGUAAUGUUUGUGAUUUUCAUCAAUGCGGUGAACGACAAUUAGUGCUGUUAACUUGUGAAACAUGCAAUGGAAAUUUCUGUAUCAGUCAUAAACAAAAGGAAGUUCAUGAAUGUCCUUUCUUGGAAUCGAAUCAAAAGGAUAAAAGCCAAUCAACUAAAGUUGUUGUCGAUCGAGCUGCUUUAAAUGCUAUUUCGCAUACACCAAUUGGAAAUAAACCAAAGGGAUCAACUACCACCAAACCACUAAGUGAUCGUGCUCGAGCUACAAAAGCUAAAUUGAUUUUACUCAGAGCUAAAAUGGAAGCUUUACCAGGUGGUAAACAUGCCAGGGAUUUACCAGAAUCAGAAAGAUUUGUUCUACGCUUAUCAAUUAUGCCUGAUAUUCUUCCGAAUAAUACUAUUAUUUCAGCCUACUUUGGAAAGCGUUGGCCACUUGGUUGUGUUUUGGAUUAUGGCUGUGAACAGUUUCACUUGCCUAGAGAUAAAAAAUACGGAUUAAUUCGUAUACACGAUGAAUUAGAUCAGAAUUAUGAAAUUGGUCAACUUCAACAUGAUGAUAUCGCAAAAUCGCUACUUGAUUUAAGUUGUACAAUUAAACAGCAUAUUGAGGAAAAUUGUUUUUCAGAGGGUGAAUUAUUACAGAUUGUUUUCAUACCUCAAAUGGUGUCGUCCCCGGCGUCCCCGUCGUCGUCGUAG